AUGCCGGGCGCGUCGAAGCCGUCGCGCGAACGCGUCGCGCGCGACCGCGCGCGCGAUGCGCGACGCGACGAGGACGUGGCGGCGGGACGGUUCGUUCGGGCGAAUCGUUGGAUUGCGUUCGAUUUCGCCGCUUUUCCGAUAAUCAGAGCGAACUGGGUGGUGUUCCUCCUGGCGACGGUCACGCUGUGGGGGUUCGUGAUCGGGGUGACGACGAGCGAGGCCAAUGUGAGGGGGGCGGGGCAGGUAUCGGCGGUCUCGACGUUUUUUGCAAACGCCACGAGCGCAAUCACGCACAACUUUACGUGGUUUUACACGUUGACGCAAAACGCGUGGCUGGUCGUGGUUUUUUACGUGUUGCUGAAGAAAAAGUACGCCAACGUGAGGCUGGGGACACAAGACGACGCUCCGGAGUACUCAGAUCUCGUGUGGUUCAUACUCAUUUUCACUACUGGUCUGGGAACCGGGAUAUUUUACUUCGGCGUGAGCGAGCCGAUGUACUACUACCGCGACGAUGCUGGUGCGCUGAACACAAAUUCGAACUACUUGGCGAAGAUUCCGUUCAUGAAUGACGACCAGCGAGCAUCGAUGGCUAUGUUUCUGACGUUCUUUCAUUGGGGGUUCCACGGUUGGGCCCCGUAUCUCGUCGUCGGCCUCACCACGGGCGUGGUGUGCUAUCGCUUGGGAAGACCGCUCACCCUACGCAGUGCGUUUUAUCCGCUCUUCGGCGAUUACGUGAACGGGCUGUUCGGAGAUAUCAUCGACGCCAUGUCCAUCGCAUGCACCACGUUUGGUUUGUCUACCUCGCUCGGUUUGGGGGCGAACAGUAUCAACGCCACCAUUCACAGAAUGAAUAGCGCUAUUCCGAAUGAUAACGAGAGCGUAAAAUCUUUCAUAAUUUGGAUCAUCACCGCGCUCACGACGGGGGCGGUCGUAAGCGGACUCGAUCGUGGUAUGGUACCCAUGGCGAUAUUGGCUUUUGGCGUUUUGUCCGCAUUAAUCUUGCUGCUAUUCAUGCUUGACAACACGUGGUACAUUGCGAAUAUCUUCACGCAGACGACUGGGACGUACAUGCAGUACUUUAUUCAAGCCGGUUUCGACAACGAUGCACUGCCUCAGCUCGCUCUCGAAUUUCAAGAGAAAGAUCCGCACCUCUGGGGCAACCCGGGCAUCAAGGGUCGCGUUGAAAUCGCCUUGGGUACGACCAUGGCUGAUUCACAGACGUACUACGAAAGCACUCCAGCCUCCUUCAUGAACUCUUGGACUGUUUUCUACUGGGCGUGGUGGAUCACUUGGGCUCCGUUCGUGGGCCUAUUUAUCGCCAGAAUAUCACGCGGGCGCACUGUGAGAGAGAUCAUCCUCGUUGGAAUGUUUGUACCGAUGAUAUCUGGAUUCUUUGCCCUAUCGGUUCUCGGCUCCCUUGGAAUUCGCAUGGAACGCAUCGCAGAGUUAUCCCUGAAGUAUGCACCCGAUUGGCGGAAGGGUGUGGUGAACUGCGCGGGUCUGGGGUACCUAAACAACGAACCGGCGAGCGACGCGGCGAUAAAGCUCGCCAACGACGUCGGAAUUUAUGCGCUGGCGUGCAGGAAAUCGACCGACAGAAUUUUAGACAUCUUGGAACCUUACGGGAAUUUGACAAAACUUUUACAGUUGUUGGUUCUGAUAGGAGUGAUCUCUUUCUUCGUCACUUCUGCUGACGCGGGUGCGUUCACGGAUGAUAUGAUUGCCGCUGGUGGCAUCGACAACGCACCGGUUUUGCAAAGAGUGUGGUGGUCCAUCACGCAAGGCGCGACGGCCCAAGCGUUACUUAGCACUAGCAAAACGGGCCUAUCGACGAUAUCGUCAGUCAGUAUUUGCGCCGCCCUUCCUUACACGUUCGCUUUGAACGCGAUGUGCGUCGCACUUUUCCGCGCUUUGGACGAGGCAAACGGUGAUCCAAAGUAUCUGAGCAUGCGAAAAAACUUCUCCACAUCUAUCAUCGACGUAUUUGAUAAUUUCAAUGGACCAGAUGGGUCUCCCGACGGAAAGAUUAUGUCGACAAAGGAGCGAUUGAUUCUGCUAUUAAGGAUCAUCCUCAACCCGUAUCACGCAAUGUUCAUCUCCGCGUUAGAGCUGUUCACGCCGUUCGGUAUAUCGGUAUUCUCAUUUACGUGCACGACAAUUUAUUAUGCUUGGAUCCUACUCCUCUGUCUUACUCCGUUGAAGCAGGGAACGCACAGUCUUGCGUGGCUGAUGUAUCUGCUCUUCGCGAUGCUCACGACGGCGAUCCGUUAUAACUUGCGAGCAAAGUGGCACAUCGUGGGUAACCUUAUGGAUGACUUCAUCGCAUGCUUCUUCUUUUAUCCGUUUGCGCUGGCUCAAAUGAAGUUAGAGGUGGAGAGUCACAAGGGGAGAGCACCGCCGUCUCGUCCACGAGAUUGGAGCGUUCGAGGCAGAAUAAUGAAUGACACGAGCGUACGAAGUGGAAGAUCGGACGCGAGCAUUCGAGGGAAGAGGCACUUACCGUCUGUCACGGCUGCGAAUGUCGCACACUUUGAAUCGAAAUCGAACGAAAACGGCGUCACGGACGUCGCGGACAUGGCGUAA